AUGUAUAGACGUUUCUCAAAUAAUUUAGUUUUGGUUAUAGGUGAUUUUCAUAUUCCUAAUAAAGCAUAUUCAUUACCAUCAAAAUUUAAAAAAUUACUGGUACCAAAUAAAAUUCAACAUAUAAUUUGUACAGGAAAUUUAUGUACAAAAGAGACAUAUGAUUAUUUACGAUCUUUAGCUAGUGAUGUUCAUGUUGUUAGAGGUGACUGUGAUCUUGAUCCAACAUAUCCUUUUACAAAAGUUAUUAGUGUUGGAGAUUUUCAAAUUGGUUUAACUCAUGGACAUCAAAUUAUUCCAUGGGGAAAUGAAGAUGCCAUAGAGGGAACAGCAAGGCAAAUGAAAAUUGAUGUUAUGGUUACUGGUUUCACAAAUAAAUGUUCUGUAAAAGAAAAAGGAGAUAUUUUAUAUCUUAAUCCUGGUACUGCUACAGGUGCAUCUUCUAUUUUUGAUGAUGAUAGUAGUGGUUCACAAUCAACUGUACCAUCAUUUGCUUUAAUGGAUGUUCAGUCUGAUGUUAUAGCUACAUAUGUGUAUAAAUUGAUAGAUGAUACAGUAAAAGUUGAAAGAUAUACAUUUAAAAAACCAAUUAAAGUAGUUAAUUAA